AUGGUGAAAGAAAAGCCUAAUUCAAUACGGAUCUACGACGACGAGGGAUUCAGACGGCGCGCUGCUUGCAUAUGCGUACGGUCUGACGCCGAAACGGAGGUGUUGUUAGUGACAUCGUCGCGCCGGCCUGACAACUGGAUUGUGCCCGGCGGCGGGGUUGAGCCGGAGGAAGAACCCUCUGUGACGGCGAUGCGGGAGGUUCUAGAGGAAGCUGGCGUUAUUGGAAAGCUUGGCCGUUGUCUUGGUGUUUUCGAAAACCGCGAACACAAGCACAGGACUGAAGUAUACGUGAUGACCGUAACACAGGAGUUGGCGGAGUGGGAGGACUCCCGUCUAAUGGGGCGCAAACGACAAUGGUUCUCAAUCGACGACGCCCUCGCCCAGCUCGCGCUACACAAGCCAAUUCAACGGCAUUAUUUACAACAGCUCAAGCGAUCCAAACAGACCAAGUCGGACGACAGCUAA